AAUGCAUAUAAAAUUCGGUCCUUCCAAACCGCGAUUAAUGUCAUCAAGACCCUGGACUAUCCUCUAAAGUCCGGGAAGGAGGCGGAGAAGUUGAGGGGAAUAGGACCGAAGAUUUCAGCACGAAUAGAUGCCUUCAUAAACGGGAAAGGACCUAAAACGCAGGCUAAAGCCCUGAAAAAAACCAAGGCUGCGAGCUUGUUUCAGACCGUUCCGGGCGUGGGGUAUGCGACGGCGAUGAAGCUAGUGAACGCCGGAUGUACUUCUAUCAAGGACAUGCGCAAACCGGAAUACUUUGAUAUGCUCACGCCCGCUCAGAAGGUAGGAUUGAUGUAUAUCGAUCAUUUGGACAUGCCGGUCACACGAGAACAGUCUGAGAGUGUUGCUGAUUUCAUCCGAGAUCACAUCUCUUCGAAGUUCGAGAUCGUCCACUCAGGAAGCUACCGUCGCAAAGCCCUCACCUCCUCCGACAUCGACAUCCUCCUCUUCCACCCCUCAUACGUCCACAUCCCCUUUCCCAACGUCCUCCCACCAGACCCUUCCACCAUCAACUCCACAUCCGUCGGACCAUCCUCCCUCACGCGCGGCAACGCCCCCGUCCCGUUUCGGUCCACGUCACAUACGAAAGAACAAAGACUUGCGAGUCCGUUGUUGAUGGAUGUCGUGAGGCCGCUGGAGGAUUCUGGGUUGUUGGCUGCGACGUUGAGUGGGGGGCCGAGGAAGUGGCAGGGCGUGACUAUCAUACCAGGGAGGAUGAAUGGGAGGAAUACUGGGCAGAGGCUGAGAGAUAUCAGGGCUACGCGGGGUAUAUACCGCAGACUCGAUCUAAAUCUCGCACCAAUGGGUUCACGCGGCGCCGCCCUUCUCGCUCUCACCGGCGACGUCGAUUUCGUCCGCACAUGCCGCAUCAACGCCAUCAAGCUCGGCAUGCAUCUCAACGAGUUUGGACUCUGGCGAUGGAAUGACUCCGCCUCGCCACCACCCUUACCCGACCUCGUACGUCGAAACUCGAAGUACGCAAAGGAGAGGGAGCAGAGACAUAAGGAGGAGGCAGAGAGGAGGAAGAAUGCGAGGGGCUGGUGGGAGCUGGUUGAGGGGGAGUCGGAGGAGGGGAUUUUGAGAGAGUUGGGGAUGGGGUGGGUGCCGCCGGAGAAGAGGAAUUUUAGGUUUUUGACGAGUAGGUAG